CUAUCUUUUAUCCUCUCAAUCCCUCCCAAAUUCAUUCCCAAAUUCGUCUCUGCAAUUCAAACUGAGCGCCAAAACCCUAGAAUUCAAUUUUUCUCUCACAGUACAUGAUUAGAUUAGCCUUCUUUCAGCUUAAACAACAACAUGAACAACAAUGAAGAGCCAAACACAGCUCCAGAACCAGAUCGAUGGUACAACAUAAAUUUAGGUUCUUCUUUUAAAGACCACCUUAACCAUCCAAAAUUCUACACUUUUCGUUAUGAGUUUAAACCAGCUUCAAUUGAUAAGAGUCAACCAGGGUCACUGCACAAGGGUAAAAACAACAAGGUGAAAGUAGAGUAUCAGAACAAUCAACAUGGAAAGUUUAAAUCAACUUUUGAAGGUGUAAGUGAGAAUUACAAGGAAAAUGAUGCUAUUUUGUUCUUUGAUGGUGAAACCUUUCAAUUGGAGCGGUUGCACCGUGCUGUGAAACGGUUGAGACAUGUUAGGUUGCCUGGUGAGCUUGCUGCUGCUGCUGUGGCAGUACCAGCUGCUGAAACGUGUUCGUCACCGGUUAGUCAAGUUAUAAAUCAGCAGCCAUUCAACAAAGAUGUUGCUUAUCAACUGCAAGGUCAGGUCGAACAGCUUGGCACUGGUAACUCAGAGAGCUCAGAACCUAAAGAAGAUAAAGUUUCUGAGUAUCCAGCAAGUCCUAAUCCGUCAGCUACGUCACCGGACCUUAAGGAUUCAGAAUCUCAGGGGCACUUAGCUAAUGAUCAGACUGGUGAUUCAGCCAAUACAGAGAAGGUCUGUGCGAAGGAAUCACGAAUUGGUCUUGACAUCGAUAUAAACUUGCCACAUCAAGCUGAAACAGACGAUGAGAUUGCUGAUGUUGAUAUAAGUGAUGAUGAAGCUGAAGAAGGACCUAAUGCUGCAGAAGCCCUUAGAGCUCAGGUGAAUGCAGAAGGGAGGAAAGAGCAACACUCAAGCUCAAGAAGCAGCAGCGGAAGUGACAGCAGUACAGCCGGUAGUGAGACUGGAAGUGAAAGUGAAAGCAGUAGCAGUGAUAGCGAAAACAGCGACAGUGAUUCCAUUUCUGUGUGAAGCAUGAGAGUUUGAAAUUGUUGAAGUUUACCUAGUUUAGACUCUAGAUAUCAGUUGUCUAUAAAUUAGGGCUUCUUGGGUUUAGCAAACAGACUUGUUUGAGAGUUAGGAUUCUUGAAACUAGUCAUCCGUUUGCUCAUGUAAUAUGGUAGGAUUUGUGAAACUAGUCCGCCAUUUGGUCAUGUAAUAUGGUAGGAUUCGUGAAAUUAGUCAUCAGUUUGCACAUGUAAUAUGGUAGGAUUCUUGAACUUAGCCAUCCGUUUGCUCAUGUAAUAUGGUAGGAUUCUUGAAGUUUGCUCUUGUAACUAGGGAUCUAGAGCCAAAGGCACCGUUGAGCUGCACAAAAAGUUGAUAUGAUGUGCAUAAUAAUUUCCAUAGUAAA